AUGCUAUCAUGCGGACAUACUCGAUGGUUAUGUCUAGCCACGCAAAACCAAGAAACGUGCCUAGAAGUGUCCGAUCGAAUCCGAACACUCUUAGACGACCUCCCAAACCCAGACAGACAGUACCCCAGUGUUCUAACACUGAUCGGAAAUCAGUCCAAGGCACGCUUCCUUCAAAAGCUAUCUAUCAAUGUCAAUGGGAUUAGGGCACACAGAUUCCGGGGAGAGCUGCACGUAGCUUUAGCCCCUAACAGUAUCUCAGGCAAUCAUCCCAUGCUCGUUAUAGACGCAGACUUACCUUCUAAGGCUGCGCUACCAAGGAGCCAGCGGCAGCAGCGGUGUCAUGAGAUCAUUCAUCGGCAGUUUCUGCAAAGUUCUAAGAAUGAGGAACUGCAGUCGGAAGAGCACAUCUUUACGCGGCUAGUGAUACCUCAUACGGACGUACUAUGUCUGUUUGCAGGGGACAUCGGAGGAGUUCAUCGCGCUGUGCAGGUCGUAACAUCUUGGGCCAGCAUGAAACCAUCGCAUCAGGGUGGAUUUCGCCCAUGGCUAGUCGUAGCGGUUAACAGCGAAGCAGAAGAGGAGACCUUUUGUGGCCUUGCCGCGACCCUGCUAGCUGCUAUGAGCAAUGGUAUAACUACAUCUUUUGCGAGCCUCCGUGUUUUGAGCCUCGGCCGGACGACGUCGCGUCAGAAUCGGCUAUCUGUCCUCACUCGUGAGCUUACAAACCUGUGCAAUGUUUCAAGGGAAGGUCGUGCCCAGCAAUCCCUUUUAUUUACUGCACGACACCUUGCAGGUUUACUCCAUUACGGAGCCACAAGAGCUAUGGUCGAUCCAGAUCAGUCUAGCAACUUUAUUCUCACGGCCCGGAUAGAUAAUCCACCAGCGCCAGACUUGGCAAUACAUAUUCGGAGGUUUCUGGACCAGUGCGCAGCAAUCCCUUUGGAAGACCGAAUAGAUUUUAUCCCUAGUGCGAUUGCAUCAAGCCUUAUCUUAGACAGCUACCCUCCGGGCAUGCAUGAUACCUCACAACUGUUCUCGAGUUAUGAGAACGGUACGGCCCAAGCAACAAAGGUCUUGAAGUCACUGGAGAACAAGUUUCUUUCGUUGUUCGAUGCUUACGUUUCCUGUCAAUCAUCAAAAACAUUACAUCAGCAGCAAAUAGCGAGUUGCGCUCGGUCCUGGAAAGCUAUUAGAUCAAAUGAGACUUGUCUCUGCUGCAUACGCCGGCAGCCUCGCUUUAGACUGGAGUGUGGGCAUUCAUUCUGUGAAUGCUGUAUAAGGACAUUCGCGGUGCAAGAUGAGCUCAAGCCUUGGCUCUUUCGGCUUGGUCAUUGUCUGCUUUGCGGGCUAUUGUCGGCACCGGCUAGUAUUCAGAUCAGGCCAGAAACGGCAGGACUUCGUGUGCUCAGUAUUGAUGGAGGGGGGACAAGGGGUCGAGUUCCGUUGGAGUUCCUUCGUGUCCUCCAGGAACGAGUCGGUUUACCGUUGCCUAUCCACGAACAUUUCGACUUGGUAUUUGGAACUAGUUCAGUAGGUGCGAUUAUUGCCUGCGCGCUCUGUAUCAACGGCUGGCCUGUGGAUAAAUGCAUCGCAGCCUUUGAGAGAUUCGCUCGCCUUGCGUUCAAAUCUCGGUGUUCUUUUCGUAUACCCAUUAUUACAAAAUUCUACGAGCUGUGUUGGUCUAUGCUUGCAGACAGCCGCUACUCCACGAUAGCCCUAGAAGAAGCUCUCAAGUCAACCUUUGGGUCGAUAAGAAGCAUGUUGGACCACUCCAUGGCAGACGAGAAGGGCAUUCUUGUUGGAGUUCCCGUAACGACUAUCCGCGAUGUUCGUACCUUUGUGUUUUCGAACUAUAACGGAAUUGGGAGGCGUGGUCAGAGCGAUCCCAGUUACUUUAAGCCGAGAACGGUCGAAGGCUUGGGCGUGUUCCAGGAUGGCGGUCUUAUGUAUAACAACCCAGCUUCCUUGGCAAUUCGAGAGGCUGCUGUCCUUCAUCCUACCACUCCUGGGCCCAGCCUUGUGGUCUCACUCGGUACUGGCUCGUUACAGUCACAGCCCGAUACUGUUAUAACCAGUCCCCGCUUCUGGCGAGAUUCAUUCUUCUUCCGAGUCUUCCGAGCAUUUAUGCAGUAUGGCAGUGCCGAUCGAGCCUGGCAGCAGCUCCUCAGCCAUUGGGAGGUUAGCAAGAGUAGUGAAGUCUUCCGCUUUGAUGUCGAGUUCAAGGACGUAGAACCGCCGCUUGAUGAUGUUGAAAGUAUGCCAGAUAUGGCUAGAAACGCGUUUGAGACAAUUUCGGUGUCGCCAGUACUGGACAAACUAGUUCUACGCAUCCGGGCAGAGCUUUUCUUCUUUGAGUUGGACCAGAUUGAACCGUUUCGAAUGAUUAAUAGUACAUAUCAGUGCUCUGGAGCGAUAUUUUGCAGACUAUCUCCCGGUUCGGACGAGGCUCAAGAGCUCGUAGCACAAUUCAAGCAGAACCAUGCUACCUUUGUGAUAAGAGGGCAUCACAAGUCACCUGACUUCACUAAGCUAUCCAAUAACUCUCUAACCAGGCCCCUCCUAAUGAAAGUUGCUUUCCAGGCGUCUAGUCGUACCGAGCCCAUUAUGAUUGCAUUGCAGGAGGGAACAAUGCAGUCCCCUAUUAGUGGAUCGCCCGUCAGUCUACAACAGCUAUUGGACAUGCAGCACUUGGAGAAUCGCUUUGGUACCCCCGAUCACCGUAAACGUACUUGGCCUAUUGUGCAACCAACACCAUCUAAGCGGAGGCGGAGGCGUUAA